AGUUCUGCAUUAUCACCACACUCUACGCUAACAAGCCGUCGGUUUGUAUAUUUAUAUACAUAAACUGUUAUCGCCAGACGAAGCACGAUUGCUGUCAGCUUCGUUUAGUUUUCGCCCAAUUAGCGUUCCGUGCUGGUCGCGUUUUGUAAACGGGAAAAACGCUCUCUAAUAGGAUUACUGCUAUUAUACAAAAUCAAAAAUCGAAGUGAAAAAAUGAAUCGUUCUAAAUUGCGGUGUGGUCCGCAAAUAGUCGCAUUGCUAGUAGUGACGCUAAGCUUCAUCGCGGCCAGCAGUGCAUCAUUCAUCAAUCCUUAUACUCAUUUUAUCAAACGCAAUCGAAUAUCCGUGGCAUCUCGCAUCCGCGGAGGAAACAAUGGAGAGCCGCUAUUCAUUACACCCUAUUUGGAAGCGGGCAAAAUUAAGGAAGCGCAAACGGCCGCCCGUGUGAAUCACAGCCGCAUAAUAGGAUUCGAGAGCUACAGUGGAUUCUUCACUGUCGACAAGCGGUACAACUCGAACAUGUUCUUCUGGUAUUUUCCCUCGAAGAACACUUCCUUCGAAGCGCCAGUUCUACUUUGGCUGCAGGGUGGGCCCGGUGCUUCAUCUCUGUUUGGAUUGUUCGAGGAGAAUGGUCCGUUUUACAUCUCUAAAAAUCUGAAAGCCCUUCCCCGGAAGUACUCGUGGCAUCAGAAUCACCACCUUAUCUACAUCGAUAACCCGGUGGGAACUGGUUUCAGUUUCACUGACAACGAAGAUGGGUACGCACGCAACGAAACUCAAGUCGGAGAGAAUCUGUACCAAGCGUUAUUACAAUUCUUCCAACUUUUUCCCGAACUGCAGAAGAAUCCAUUCUAUGCGAGCGGUGAGUCAUACGCGGGAAAAUAUGUCCCAGCAAUUGGGUACACUAUUCAUAGGAAGAAUCCAUCUGCCAAAAUCAAAAUCAACCUACAAGGGCUAGCCAUCGGUAAUGGGUACAGCGAUCCGAUUAACCAACUGGAUUACGGUGACUAUCUGUUCCAAUUGGGACUGAUUGAUUUCAAUGCAAAAGAGCACUUCGAUGAAGAGGAGACCGCGGCGAUUGAAUGUGUACGAAAGAACGAUUAUCAGUGCGCCUUCAAAAUAAUGGACGACCUUAUGGACGGUGAUGAGAACGGAUCGUCCUUCUUUAAGAAUAUAUCCGGAUUUGACACGUACUACAAUUAUCUACACACUUCCGAAAAUCCAGCCGAUGAGAUUUAUUUGCUAGGAUUUCUAAAGCUUCCGGAGACGAGGAAAGCCAUUCACGUGGGUGAUCUUCCCUUCCACGACUUGGAUGGUGAAAAUAAAGUUGAAAAGUUUCUGCAGCAUGACAUAAUUGAUUCCGUUGCUCCAUGGAUCGCUGAGUUGCUGUCCCACUACAGGAUGCUGAUAUACAACGGACAGCUUGAUAUCAUAUGUGCGUACCCAAUGAUGGUGAACUAUUUGAAAAAUUUGCAAUUCGAUGGUGCGGAGGAGUACAAAACUGCAGAGCGGUAUAUCUUCUAUGUGGAUGGCGAAAUAGCGGGGUACUUCAAGCUGGUGAACAACUUGAUCGAAGUGUUGAUUCGAGACGCUGGACACAUGGUGCCAAGAGAUCAGCCAAAAUGGGCGUAUGUUAUGAUCAACACAUUCACCUCCGUUCAUUCGUUUUUCCCUCCAAGCGAUUGAGCAUUUCAAAACUUAUCCCUUCUGAAUACUCACCAGACGGCUGAAAUCGGCCCACAUCACCACAUCGUUCCCGAUAGCUCAGCAUUUGGCACUUCUGCCAAGGUCCGAAAUAUCCUCGAUCCUCUAGAACAACAUAAUAAAUUAAUAAACCACGUUACAGUUAUGAAAA